AUGGAGCAGGAGGUGACCUCCGUGGGCCAUGAUGUCCAGGUCAUUGACCCGGACGUGCGCAUCCAUGUUUACGGCCUGGUUACCGCGCUGGGUGGUUUCAAUGGCGAAGAUGCAGACCGUUAUAUGCUUGGAGAUGAUGCCCUCUCCUGUCUUCGUGACAUUAGAAGAUGGCUGAGGCUCUACGACCAAAGGAACAAUCGAAUGGACGUGGUGCGAUGUCUCGGAGAAGCCAACUUGGUCAUUGGUGAUCUACUUCCAAUUCUCUCGAUCUGGUGGGCCAAUGGACAAAACAGCAAGCAUAUGACACGAGUUGCUUUAGCAUGCUUGGAAUUGCUGGUACCUUUGACCUGGCCCGCUGAGUAUCACAGCCAGAUGACCGCCAACCACCACCGCCAUACUCCAUACAUUCAGCAAAUCCAAGUGCAAUACAAGCGCAGCAUUCUCAAGUAUGGCGGAUCCAACCUUUUGCGUGCCGUCAUCCGCAUUGCCCUUCCGAGCAUGGCUAUCCCCCGGUCCGAGCGCGAGUCCCGAGAUGAUGGGAUCCUCAAGUUGAUGCUCUAUCUCUUGCGAAAUAUUGCGAUUAUCACCACCAAUGAUCGACUUGCGGCCGAAGGUGACGAGGAGGAGACAUCUCGCGCAGCCACGAUCAAUGCGUUCCAAGACCAAGAUGCAUUUGCGCUCAUUCUGACCAUGUGCUCGAAUGUCGCCGAUGACUUCAACCAGCAGGAUGUGGUCUUACUCGAGAUCUUGUUUCACCUAGUCAAGGGUGUCAAUGUUGACAAGCUGUUCCUGAACGACGAGGAACGGAAGGCAAAACGAUCUGACGAGCUUGGCGAUCUUCUCCGCAAAGAGAGCCAGGUCAAGCGAGAAUACGCCAGGAAUGCACCUACUCGACAUGGUAGAUUUGGGACCAUGAUCUGGGUUAAACGAGACGAGCAUAAAGUGACUACGGUUUCCGGGCAAAAUAUUCUGCGAGACGACCAAGCCAGUCUGCAGAAAAUGGAUGAGACCAAGAAGUGGAAAAAGCCCCGACCCCGCCGAAAGAAGGACGAUGGCGUCCAGUACAAUGACUUUAAUAUUCCUGCUCAUCUCUCAUUACUAGCGACGAAAAACUUCCGAACAUUCGUGGAAGAGUUCCUCGACUCCGGCUUUAACCCUCUGUUCACCCAUGUGCGAAAGGCGAUCGAGCGGGAGGCGGAACGGGUAACAGCGAUCAAUGCUCGGCAGUUCUUCUACACAGUCGGCUGGUUCCUUGAAGCUGAGCGUGCGCGACGUGCCCGACAGGUUAUGCAGCAUGCCCAGAAUGGGAAGUCUGCGAAGGAGGUGGAGCCAGACAGCUAUGGUUUGGUUGCUGGUGUGUUGAACCAGGAAACAUUCAUCUCCUUGAACAGGGCCAUGCAAAAUAGCCUGGACAACAAGGAAUGGGACGACUUGACUGCACAGAUGCGAUGCUUUACGCAAAUCCUUUUGACUGUGCAGGAAAUGGCCUUCUCCCCGAUUGAGGAAGAUCAAGAAAUUGCCGAUAAUAUUCAGAACCGAAUCUUCUACGAAGAAACUACGCACGACCGAAUCAUUUCCAUCGUGCGAGGAUACAAAGAUCAAGGGUUUGGGUAUCUGGAUGCUGCAACGGAGCUUGCACAUGUCUUCUUACGCAUGCUGGAGCGUUAUUCCAAGACAAACGUUGACUUGCAAGUUCGAUCUAAGCGGCGAGCCAGAAAGCGCAAGAAGGACGCCGCUCAGGCUGAAGGCCAAGAUGGUGAAGAGAACGAGGAGGACCUGAAUUCUGAAGACGAGGACUUGAUUGAUUCUGCGCAGGUGACCAAGGAGCGUGCAUUUGAUUUCAAGCGAUUUGCUGCCAAGUUCUGCAAUCAAAGCUGUGUGAACACGUUUGUCGCUUUCACUGAAUUCUAUCGCGAGUUGAAUUCGGAGCAACUGAAACGAGCCCACCGCUACUUCUACCGCGUCGCGUUCAAACAGGAGAUGACCACCCUCUUGUUCCGCUUGGACAUCAUCAACCUAUUCCACCGGAUGAUCAAGGGCCCUGGAGCUAUGGACUCUACCAAACCGGUUUUCAAAGAAUGGGAGGAGUUUGUGCGGCAGAUCAUUCGUCGAUUGGUGAAGAGGAUUGAUCAACGGCCUGCCCUGAUCACAGAGUUGCUAUUCAGCAAGAUGAACUCGACGGUUUACUAUCUUGAGUUCGGGCAUGAACGACAGACCAUGUCUACUUCCAAGCGGCCCCGGGGGGAGCUCCAAUUCAUUUCUAAGGAGACUCUCACCAAGGAGGCCAAACAGGGUGUGGUGGUGGGUGCCCUCGUCCUUGACGGGCGGGCGGAUCUCGUGACGUGGCUCGUAGAUGUGUUGAAAUCGGCCGCCUUCGAACGCGAGGCCUGGGAGGCUGGUGACGAAGCUCGUCGUGCAGAGAACCCUGAAGCUACCAGCACACCCAACCCCUUGAUUCACGUCAAACCUAGUGAUGAUUUCGUCGAGAAUUCCAUGUUUUCCAACGCCAAGCUCCGUCUACUUAUGGAGUCUGUCGGACUCGAGCGACUUGGCCAGGAGGACGUGCGCGGUGCUCAAUGGGUCGUUCCAGCGGCCAUGUCAUCGACUGAUUUGAACGGGAUUAUUUCCACCAUCAACAAGUCAGUCGAGAAUCCCAUACCCGAGGGCAGCGCCGAAGAUCCUCGCCAACUGCUCCGCCGCAAGGAGACAAACAGUGCGCGGGAAAGCCUAGCUCAGGGCACACUCGACGUGCACUUUGGAUCGGAUUCUGAAGGAGAAGAUGUUCCCGAUGGGCCUUUAUUCCCGCCGAACCUUCGGACAAAGUCUAAUGCACUAGAUGAGCUUAAGAAAAAGCGCAAGAAGAAGACACGCAAGGUCGAUGACGCUGAAAAGGAACCCCUGGAUGAUGCAAUUCUGGAGGAGCGUCGCCAGGCCCGUCUUGCCAAUGCGCUGGCCCGCCAAAGCAAGAUCAAAAGUGAUCUGUUCAUCCAUGCUAGCGACGACGAGACUGACGAGGAAGCGGACCGGGAGUUCUUCCGCCUCGAAGAAGAACGGCGCAAGGAGCAAGCGCGGAAUGUUGAGAAAGCCAUCCUCAUGGGUGAUACUGAACAGGUGCAGUCAGAGAACACGAACAAGGGCAAGAAAGCGAGUGUUCGUAAGCGCAAAAGUGACACAACUGCUACCGAGUCGAAACGACGCCGUCGUGGAUCAGGAUCUACGGGCAGUGACGGUGACGAUGACGACGACAUCCUCAUGGCUGAUCUGGACGAUGUGUCGCCUCGCUCUCAGCAGGAAAUCUCUACCAGCCACGGAGCCGGAGACGAAGACACGCCACUCACUUCCACGGAAGAUGAGAUGGAUUUCGACGAUGAUCUUGUCUUCAGUCGGGAUCGACAAACCAAGCCCACAGAUCCCGAGCCACCCGUCGACAGCGACGAUGAAGAAGAAACGCUCGUGGCGCCUUCUAGUCGCCGCAUGCGAGGCGGGUUCGUCAUUGAAAGUGAUUCUGAGUAA